AUCUCAUUGCAACCAAUUUUGUUCUUUUUUUUUUUCUAUCAUGGCGCUUCUCACCAGAAAUAUUUGUACACUUGCGAGAGAACCAAAAAUAUCCCCAUUAUCACAAAUAUCUUAUAAGCUUCCACGACUUCGGAUAGUCGAUACAAUUUCUUCGGAUGAAGUAGAAAAAACAAUAACCCGAAGAAGCAAGUUAUUUGAGAAAACUAAACUAUCAGUUUCAUCUUAUGAUACUGCAUCUGUGGCUAUGAUCCCUUCUAAAGAAUCAAAGGAGAAGCCUAUGUUUCCAGAAUGCUUGGAAUGGGAUAUGGGAAUCGGGAAUCUGAAUUCCGACAGUGCAAUUUCCACGGUUUAUCCACUGAAGGUCUAUAGCCAGCUUUGUGCAGUAGACAAUCUGCAGAAGUUAGGAAUUGAUGAUAGAUAUUCGAGAAAAGAAAUAGAUAAUACUUUGAAUUAUAUACACAGAUUAUGGAUGCAAGAAGACGAAGAGAUAUAUUUAGACGUCAAUUGUUGUGCUUUGGGAUUUCGUCUACUACGAUUAAAUGGAUACAACGUUUCUUCUGAUGUGCUAGCACAAUUAUCAGAAGAAGAACAUUUCUUCAAUUCAGUGAGUCCACAAUUCAAAAGCAUAAACACAAUUUUGGAAUUGUUCAAAGCCUCAAAGUUAACGAUAUACGAAAAUGAACCUGUUCUUGAGAAGUUAGAAGCUUGGACAAGUUCUUUCUUGAAACAACAACUACUAAUCGGUGCCAUUAAAGAUUCUCAGUUACGUGAAGAGGUUGGUCAUGCUUUAAAUUAUCGUUACGACAGUUUAGAUUUUCUUGAGACGAGGUGGGAAAUAGAGCAACAAAAAGCAAAUAGUGCUAAACUUCUGAAGACAUAUUACAUCGGUCUUAAUGAUAAUAACAGUGAAUUACUAGCGUUGGCAAUUCAACAGUAUAAUAUGUGCCAGUCGUUAUAUCGAAAAGAAUACAAAGAUCUUGAAGAGUGGGUUAAAAUUUGCAGAUUUGAUGAAUUAAAAUUUGCAAGGGUUAUGCUGCUUUAUUGUUACUACCCCAACACUGCAGUCCUUGUUCCUCCUGAAUUGGCAGAUGCUCGACUCUCCAUUACCAAAAAUUGUGUUCUAGCUACUGUUAUUGAUGACUUCUUUGAUGUUGCUGGUUCCAAAGAAGAAUUGGAAAACUUAGUUCAGUUAGUCGAACGGUGGGGAGAAACUUCGACGAUUGGAUAUUGCUCCGAACAAGUUGAGAUAAUAUUUUCAGCACUUGAAGGCAUGAUUAAUGAGCUUGACGCCAUUGCAUUCAAACAUCACGGAAGAAGUGUUGAGCAUCACUUGGUUAAAAUAUGGCAUGAAUUGCUCAAGUCUAUGAUGAAAGAAGCUGAGUGGGCAGGAGAGAAUGCAACCCCAUCACUAGAUGAAUAUAUGGAAAAUGCAUACAUUUCUUUUGCAUUGGGACCAAUCUGUCACAUAACAACUUAUUUUCUUGGGAUAACAUUACCUGACGAAGUAAUGGCAGGGCCACAAAUAUAUGAUCUAUUUAAGCAUGUCAGCCUGGUUGGACGACUUCUCAAUGAUCUCAAAUCUUUUAAGAGAGAACGUGAACAAGGAAAAUACAAUAGUGUAUCACUGCGUGUACUUCAUAGUCAAGGGAGCAUGACAGAAGAAGAAGCUAUUGAAGCAACAAAAAGAGACAUUGAGAGGUAUAGAAAAAAAUUGCUACGACUUGCAGUGCAAAAGGAGGAGAAUUCACUUCCAAAACCUUUCAGGGAUUUCUUUUGGAAAUCUGGCAAUGUAAUGCACUAUUUUUAUAUGGACAAUGAUGGUUACUCAAAUCCCAAAAAUGAAAUGGCCAAUGAUGCAAAAAUUGUAUUAUGGAACCCAAUUUCUUUUCCUUAAUCUAUUACUACUGAUUUAGCAAGAGAUUUGAGGAAAAUGUGUUUUAACUUUCAAGAUAAAUAAUAUUUAUUUUCAAGUUCAACUUUA